AAAACAGCGAAGGAAGAAGAGACAAUUAUUUUCACUUUCAAUUUUCGGAAAGAUGAAUCUUCUUAUAUUUUUGACUAUUCUCCCAUUUUUGCUCUUUCUAUCAAAAGCUGAAAAUUCUCCACUUGAUUGCUCAAAAGAUGAUCUUCAACUUACUGUAACAUGUCGUCCAAAACUUGCAAAACUCACAGAUGAAAUGAAGAAGAAUCCAUUGAAUUCUGGUUUUCCAUCUGUUGAAACAUUGAAUAAAAUGUCAGGAUAUUGCAAGGAAGCCAUGAGUUGUGUUAGUCCAGCCAAGUGUCCGGCAAUCACUGAAAAAAUGAGCAAAUUUGCCACAAUGUGCAAGACCAUCGACUUCAUGUCUGGACCGUAUGCUCAAUGUGCAGCAAAGCUGAAAGCAAGCAACGACAAAACAGAGUGUGUUCAAUGGUAUUUCAGUGACAAAUCAAGAAUGUCAACCGAUCAAAAAUGUGCUCAAUUCAAAGCUAAAAAGCAAUGUAUUGAAAAAGAUUUUGGAAAGGCGUGUGGAGAUUCCACGUUGAAAAGUUUCCGCGAGAAUAUCAACUACGUCUCAAAGUUUGCUGGAUGCCCUGUUCACUGAUAAUUAAUUGUGUCUGAAAAUUUUUACUAAAUGCAUUAUGUAUUGCAUUUCCAGAUUCUUGUUAUCUCUUAGAGUCGCAUUUUUCAAUACUCGUGUUCUUUUUGCACAUGUGUGAAUAGGUAUUUAAAACCGCAAACCAUCUGCAAAUGUAGGAAUCAGGCGUGGAAACUCUUGAAGCUUGGUUUCUUUGAAUGCUUGAAAAUGUUCGUAGAUUUUCUUUAAAAUCCAAUUCAAGUUAUUCUUGAAACAACAGGUUUCGGAAAAUAUUAUUUAUUUUUAAGAAGUAGGCAAGCAAAAGAAAAACUUACUCAAUACGGAAAGCUUUCCAAUUAUUCAAGCGUAUAUGUAUACAUAUAUAUUUUCUUGAUAUUUAUACAGAUUGAUAAAAAAUAAUUUUCCAAA